AUUACAGGUAGCGAUACGUUUCUGGUUAUUUCAGCGCUGCCCGGACGAAUUACACUUGAGCCUUUGCCUUAUUUAAGAGGGAGUAAAAGAUAUUUAGCUACUAAUCAACUGGAAGUUAACCAUUGUGUAUCCAUGUGUGGGAUAUGGGCUCUGUUUGGGAGUGAUGAAUGCAUGUCUGUACAGUGCACAAAUGCCAUGAAGAUCGCUCACCGAGGUCCUGAUGCAUUUCGAUUUGAAAAUGUGAAUGGAUUUACCAAUUGCUGCUUUGGAUUCCACCGACUCUCAAUAGUAGACCACUUAUAUGGUAUGCAGCCUUUGCGAAUUAAGAAAUACCCCCAUCUGUGGUUGUGCUAUAAUGGAGAAAUAUACAACUUUCAUCAGCUGAAGAAGUAUUUUGGAUUUGAGUAUCAGACAGAAGUGGAUGGAGAGGUACUUCUUCACCUUUAUCACACAAUAGGAAUUGAAAAAAUGGCUUCCUUCUUGGAUGGUGUGUUUGCAUUCAUACUGUUGGAUACAGCUAGUUGCAAGGUGUUUUUGGGAAGGGACACAUAUGGUGUUCGACCUAUGUUUAAGCUACUGACAGAUGACGGAUUUCUGGCGGUGUGCUCAGAAGCAAAAGGACUCAUUAACAUUGUGCAUUCUAUGGCUACUUCUCCUGAAAUCAUUCCAUUCCCCCCUGGGCACUAUGAAGUAUUUGAUAUGAAAGCAAAUGGAAAAGUUGCAUCCAUGGAACUAGUCAAAUUUCAUCACUGUAAGGAUGAGCCACUGCAUGUGGAGUAUGACUCUUUAGGCAAACUGCCCACAGAUUUUGACUUGGAUACUAUUAAAAGCAACAUUCGCAUCUUAUUUGAACAUGCUGUGGAAAAGCGCCUCAUGGCUCAGAGGAGAAUUGGCUGUCUAUUGUCAGGAGGUUUGGAUUCCAGCUUAGUAGCUUCACUAUUGGUAAAAUUUGCUCGAGAAAAGAAAUAUAAAUAUCCUAUCCAAACAUUUUCAAUAGGCAUGGAAGACAGUCCAGAUGUAAAGGCUGCUCGAUUGGUGGCAAGUCACAUUGACAGUGAACACCAUGAAGUAACUUUUACAACCAAAGAAGGACUUCAGUCAGUUGAGGAUGUGAUUGUGUGCUUAGAAACUUAUGACAUCACAACUGUGAGGGCAUCAGUUGGGAUGUAUCUAGUGUCAAAGUACAUCCGGGAAAAAACGGAUAGCACUGUGAUUUUCUCUGGAGAAGGUUCAGAUGAACUUACACAAGGUUAUAUGUAUUUUCAUAAAGCCCCUUCACCAAAAGAAGCUGCAGAAGAAAGUGAACGUCUGCUGAAGAGUCUUUACUUGUUUGACGUUUUACGUGCAGACAGAACAACAGCUGCUCACGGUCUUGAAUUAAGAGUGCCAUUUUUGGAUCAUAGAUUUACUUCUUACUAUUUGUCACUGCCAGAAGAUCUGAGGAUUCCCAAGAAAGGUAUUGAGAAGUAUCUGUUGAGGGUUUCCUUUCAAGACGCUACCCUUCUUCCUGAAGAAAUACUUUGGCGAAAAAAGGAAGCUUUCAGUGAUGGCAUUGCAUCAGUUAAAAAGUCCUGGUAUACUUUACUGCAAGAGCACAUAGAUAGCCAGGUAAGUAGCAGCCAGUUGGAAAAAGCUCCUGAAAAGUUUCCCUUCAACACCCCAAAAACAAAGGAGGCCUAUUUCUAUAGAGACAUCUUUGAGAAGUAUUAUCCAGGCCGGGAGAAGUGGCUUCCUUAUUACUGGAUGCCCAAAUGGAUCCAUGCCACAGAUCCUUCUGCCCGCACCCUUCAGAUAUACAAACGGAAAAGUAAAAUGAUGGAUCAGGAAGAAUCUACCUAUUCUGAUUAACAUCUGCACUUGUUCCAGUCUAGAUGAUCUAAUUCAAGUUCCUUCUGCUUCCCGACAAUUUAUUAUUGAUUAAUCUGGGCUUAGUUUUAAAAUGUUAUUAUCACCUAUUGGAAAAAAAAGCUCAGUACUAAAUUAAUGUGUUCUUUCUUUCUUUCUUUCUUUCUUUCUUUCUUUCUUUCUUUCUUUCUUUCUUUCUUUCUUUCUUUCUUUCUUUAACCUAAGCAGUAUCUGCAGAGGAGUUUGCACAUUCUCCAAGUGUCGUCUUCAGCACUCUGAUUUUCAUUUCAUAUUCCCUUAGAUGUGUGUGUUACUGCGUAAGACUGACAUGGUGAAACUAAUUGCAAACUCCCAUCAACAACAUUAACAGCUGAGCUGUGCCAUUAAAUUGAGUAUCUGUAACAGUAUACAGACAUCCUGCACCUCCUGAGGUUGCUUCUGUACUGGUAAAUCUCCCAGACGUCUGUCAGGUUCAGGUUUAUACAGUGUACUUCACUUCAUCAAUCUCAUGGCACAGUACAUAUUUCAAUUUUUUUCACCUUGCUCGGAAACAUAACACUUGAGUUUUUGGUGAAAUGUAAGUUUCCCUGUAGACUUAAAAGUUUGCUGGAAAUAUUCUAGUGUUUGGACCAGCAAUAGAUCAUCCUUAUUUUUAGAAUAUCUAUUCAAUUUGGAGCAACAGGAAAGAUAAUUAUGAACAAUUUUGUACUUUGUGGAAGAUCGUGAUUUCAGAUGACCCAACUCAUAGAUAGAUAUUAAGAAAGACUAAACCUAAAACUUUGUAACUCCAUCCUGUGUUGAGGUGUAUUGUGUUUAUUCUGUCUGCACAUCGUGUUUGCUGUUGCAGGGCAGUAACAAUUACUCGGCUGUUAACACAUUUAACUUUUUCAGCCUUAAUAUUUAUAUAACAUCUGAUUGUGUAAAACAGUUAAUAGAUAAUGCAGUUCUCACUCUAUUCUGUCUGCACAUCGUAUUUGCUGUUGCAGGGCAGUAGCAAUUACUCGGCUGUUAACACAUUUAACUUUUUCAGCCUUAAUAUUUAUAUAACAUCUGACAGCUGCUAAAAAUACUUGUUAUUGAGGAAAUUUUGAGGCCCCAUCCACACUUUCACAUUGUGAAUGUGCUAAAUGCAUUGUGUAUAAAAAAUCAAACUGCUUUGUAAAGGCUGCUUUGGUAAUCUAGAAAUUGAUGCAUCGGUUUCAGUAUCGACACUGUACUUCUGUUUUAAGAAGCAAUAGAAGUAACUAAAUGUAUGUCUACUGAUUCACAACUUUUUCCUGCUGGUUUCCAGAUGCAAUUGCAGAUCACUUGUUUCUCCUCUUCCUCAAGUAAGUUAAAUUUGUCAGGGUCCAGAGCAUUGUCUGUAUGUCUGAAACAUUUUUUAUAUAAUUUACUAUAUCGUCAUGCUUGUCUAUGGGGAUACAUUUCCUGUUACAGAGAUAUUGCUAGACUUGCACAUAUCUUUGACAUGGCAUUCAUCAGUUACUUCUUAAGGAAAGUAGUUUCAGAUGUUCCUCUGUCUGAGCAUUGGAUUACAAUUAUGGGAAAGACUCCUCUUCUGAAAAUCUUUUCAUACUGUAAUUGUGGUAACUCUUUAGGUUACUGGGUUUGUUCCCUCACAACUACAAACCUUGUUUUUCCCCUUUCAGAAAAUUUGCACUGUUUAUUGGCUGCUGAUUCUGUCCAGCAUUUCCAACUUCUGCCAAUCAAACAAGCAAACAAACAAUAAAACAGAACUUUUUUCAUGGGUAGACAUGUAUGUUGUUACUCUUACCAAAGUUAAAAAAACCAAAAGUCUACUUAAGCCACAAGCACCAACAUAUUGUAAUCUUAACACACACUGCUGUGUCUCUGGAGUCCCAAAAUAUUUUCAGAAUCGCCUUCUCUGGUAAUUACUGUCCACAUCCUGAUUAGAUGCAAAAAAGGGCAUUCCUUAUAAAACAAAAGGUUUAUUUACUUAUUCUUUAAAAUUCUCUAUUAUUUCAAAAACCUUCAACGAAUAUAAAAAGAAUUGCCUGAAAAGGCAAAGCAUGCCACAUCAAAGUCUAAAUGCAGAAUCUAAAGGUGAAGUCCAAAAAUAGAGCACAGGUUACAAAAAUACAGGAAAUCACAAAGCAAAAAGCACAGAUAAAUACAAGAAACACUCAACUGCCUAGUGUGUUCCAAAUGAGCUACCAGGAACUGUAAGGCCCUCCAAUAUAUAGGGUGGAGAGCAGUUCCUGGUGGUGAUUUGUCAGGUGGCCCCACCCCUUGUGGAACCACCCACUAAACACAUGGGACAUAAUCAAACACAAAGAAUAAUACACAUAAUAAAAGAAGCAUUAAUACAAAUAAAUGGCACACAAUUAGACAAAACAGACAAAAAACACAACUUUGAACCCCAGCCAGAAAAUAAAUGCUGGCUGAAACAUGACGCACACAGAGACUCUAGCCACACAAGAACUGAGUAUGAAUGAUGCCUGCACAGCUUAUCACUCCUUGGUACUCCACACAGAGACACAUAUACUCCACAUAGCUACAGCAUGAACAACACACCGGUUAAUCUAGACUUAAGGCUGACACAACUUGAUCCCAGAGAAUAACACACUUGGUUAAAAGCACUUGCCUACCAAUUACCUUGAGGUUCACUCUACUGGGGCAUCCCCCUCAGCCUGGCCAACCCUCUGAGAAAGACAGUGGCAAUCAUCUCACCCUAUGUACCUUGUAUUUACUCAAUUACUUCACUCUACAGUACAUGUAAAAACAAAGUAUACAAUUUAAAUGUAUCCAUAAAAGUAGAAUAAUGGCAGCAGUAUAAAAUAUAGCAAAAUCUGCAUAUAUAUGUUCUUAGAAAGCUUACUGAAGAUUAGCAGCCAUGUCAAAACAGGAGGUUGUCCUGGGUGGGUUUAAGAUUCAGCAAUGAUACAUGAGUUGCAUUCUCCGAUGUGCACUAGAUUUCUCUGAUGUUGCUCCCUCUGUCCUCAUCCUGAUCAGUUCUUUUACUGAUUGUACAAAAUUCUUUGCUAUUAUGCAAGAUUCUUAAGACUAAAAUGUUUCCAAAAUCAGUUGCUUUCGGUUCAUUAUAAUCCAUCUUAAACAAAUUAAAAAACA